GUCACACCAGCCGCAUCCUCAAAGCUCUGCUGGGGACCAGCAUCCUCUUCCUCCUCGCCCACCUGGUUUUCCAGAUAUGCCUGUACACGCUGCCCGUCCUGGACCAGCUGCUGGGCCCCAGCUGCAGCUCCUGGGAGGUCCUUGCUCGCCACAUUGGGGUCACCAGGCUGGACUGGCGUGACAUUCCCAACUCGGUGCGGCUCGUGGCACCCGACGUUGGCAUCCUGCUGGUCUCGUCCCUGUCCUUGUGCCUGUGCUGCCGCCUCGGCCCUGCCGCCUCCAGACGGAAUCCCGAGCUCCUGGAGUCCUCUGAGGGGAGGGAAGAGAAGGAUGUGGGGCGGCACCGGCACGCGGAUCUCAGGGACAGCAGGCUGAGGAGCCGGCUGCGGGACAAGGCUCACUGGCUGCUCUGGGAGGCUGGCAAGGGGCUGGCCAUCCUGCUGCUGGCCUUGGCAGGGAUCAUCCUGCCCUCCGCCUCCUCCAGUGUCUACUUCCUGCUCUUCAUGGGGCUGUGCACGUGGUGGGCCUGUCACCUCCCUGGUGGCCACCAGGCCUUCAACGUCCUCUGCGUGGCCAUCGGCAUCUACAGCGCCUGCCACCUGCUGUGCCUCUACGCCUACCAGACCCCCUUCGUGCAGGGGCUCUUCCCACCCCCCACGCUCUGGGCACGGCUGUUUGGUUUCAAGGACAUCAUCCUGUACUACAACUGCUCCCAGCCCAACAUCCUGGACCUCAACAACAGCCACCCCUGGCCUGUCUAUGCCAACCCCGGCAUCCUGCUCCUGCUCUACUACACCGUGGCCACCCUGGUGAAGCUGCGCUGGCGCUAUGCCAAGAGAAUGGUGGCACCGGCGCGGCUGUACCCGAGGGACCUGGUGGAGCUGGAGAGUUGGCCCAAGGACACUGGCCACGCGGCUGAGGACACCAAGCCCAUGCUGUUCCCUCACACCGGGCAGCCAAGCUCCAGCACCGACAACUGCACCACUCACGUCUUGAGCACAA